AUGGGAAUCAACGCUCUGCGCAGCAUUGCCUUGGCCGACUUCCAGAACCAAAAAUUUCAAGCGGACGGCGCAAUUCAGAAGUACAGCGUCAUCAGUGCCCAUUCUGCUGUGACAGCACAAUUACAACUCGACGAGCGUGAAUCCACGCUUUCCGACAUCGAGCGACUGUGCGAGAGUGACGAAACCCCACUGCUCAUCGUGAAAGUCUUAUACCAGCGACCAAUUUCGGAUCACAUAUUCGAUUCUACGCCAGAGGAGUGCAGGAGGCUGCUGGAGCUUUUCCAAAUCGACUCCUAUGGUCUUGGGCUAGUAGCCAACGAUGCGAACGGUUUCCAUAGUUUAGGGGAGGAUCUUUCGACUGGAAGCGCGAGCUACUAUCUCCAAUGCACGGCUUACAAAAUCCUCUGGUCUUAUGACCGCGCGACUCGACGUUGUCGGGCAGUAGCUUUUUCCUUCAACCGCCCCAUGGCAAGGAAGGGUUUCGACGACUUCAAGGCAUCUCUACAGUGCAAUGCCGAGCUACUCUCGCACCCUCUCAUCCUACCCAUGGCCUGUCUUGCUCAGGCAGUGGGUUUUAUGGACGGCUUGAUCCGCAGACAAUACACCAAGUGCCACAAGACGGAAAAUUCCAUAGGAUAUCAUCACCCUCAGCGAAUCGUUUCGCAGUCUUCACAGGAAGUGAACGAGCUUUCGGAUCUGUCGAAGAACACGAACGCUCUUAAGCUGGAGGUGGAGAUGAUCUUGCGACGGCUGAGGCAGCUUCUCGCGGCUAUCGAAGUAUACGCUGGUAUCCAGAGAGACUUUCAGAGCUCCGCAUAUCCAGACGCUGGAAACGUGUCAGAGUUGGACACUUCCACAUCGGUAGUAUCGACGCUGAGCCUCAUAAAAACCAAGCUGGAGGUGAUGGAACUUGAUUUUCUUUACGUUGGUGCCAGAGCCGAUGCGCUGAUUAACACGAUCUUCCAUCUCAUGACACGCAAUGAUGCCCUUGCCACCAUCGAACUCGCACGUGCUACUGCCCGCGACAGCUCGUCAAUGAAAGUCCUUGCCAUCAUGACAAUGGCCUUCCUUCCAGGCACAUUUUUUGCCGCCCUCUUCUCGGUACCCUCCCUGCAAUGGAACACAGAACCGGUGGUGCAGGACAAGUUUUGGGUGUACUGGGCGUUCACGUUGCCUUUCACUGCGCUCGUCUUUACCCUUUGGGCGCUUCUAACCCAGGCGGAAGAACUUGGUAAGCUUCGAGCAUGGGUCUACCAGAUCAGGGUGAGCGCGUCUACACCGCACAACAGUAAAGAGCUGCUGCAAGAUGAGACGUUGGGAACGUCGGUGAGAGAUUCCAAGCUAGGAGAGCAGCUCAAGGAGCCGCUUUCAACAGUGCAGUACAGGCCGAGGGAAACUUCCAAAAGAUGGGAAGUCUAA